AUGGCCCCCGGCGAAAACAACCUCCGCACCCUCCUAGCAACCAUGCACCCAACGCUGGACCCGACGACCUACAUCUUCCUCACAACAACCCAACCCCUCUCAUCGCUCCCAUUAGCAGCCCUACAGCCACAACUUAUCGCCCAUGAAGCCGAAGGCACGACGAUCGUGACGACCGAAGCCCUGGCAACGGCGCACGGCUUCACAGAGCCCGUGUUCGCGUGCCAGAAGAUCUCGCUGACGGUGCAUUCGAGCCUCGAGGCGAUUGGGCUGAUUGCGACUAUCACCAAUCGUCUCAAGGACUACGGUAUCAGCACGAAUGUUGUUAGUGGGUUCUUUCAUGAUCAUCUCUAUGUCCCUGUGGCGCGGGCGGAAGAUGCGAUGCGGGCUUUGGGGGAGUUGACUAGCGAGGCGAGGGGGGUGUAG